CAUGUGACUCGCCCUCCCACCGAGCCAACAUGGCGGCGCCCAGGUCCUAAUCUGAGGAACGUGGAUCGACUCGAAGUCGGUUUCUCUGCGCGGGCUGGGCGUCCGAUGUCCCAUGGGAGGCUCGUCCGCCAGCUAAGCCUCGCUCUCUUUUCGGUUCGUCGCCUCUGUAGAGCCCGCUUCUGGGAGGGGCGUCCCCCUCAGGGACCGCGGGAUCCCGCGAUGGAUGACGGUCCCCAGCCCUGCCCCCAGGCCCAGGAAACCAUCGUCACCGAGGGUACCGCCAGGAUCGCCUUCCCCAGCGCCAACGAGGUCUUCUACAACCCUGUCCAGGAGUUCAACCGGGACCUGACGUGUGCGGUGAUCACCGAGUUCGCCCGCCUUCAGCUUCGGGCCAAAGGAAUCCAGAUCAAGGUGCCAGGUGAGAAGGACCUGCAGGAGGUAGUUGUCGACUUGUCAGAGCCAGAGGAGGGACAGGCUGAAUUGAAAGACAGGGAAGAUUCGGCGCCAGGUGGCCAGCCUCGGACAGCUGUUGUGGGGGAGAUCUGUGAGGGAGGCCUGCGGGUACUCGAGGGGCUUGCAGCUUCCGGCCUCCGCUCCAUCCGCUUCGCCCGUGAGGUGCCUGGGCUCCACUGUGUGGUCGCCAAUGAUGCUUCAGCCCGGGCUGUGGAGCUCAUACGCCGCAACGUGCAGCUUAACGAUGUGGCCCACCUGGUACAACCCAGCCACGCUGAUGCCCGGAUGCUGAUGUACCAACACCAAAGGGUCUCCGAGCGCUUUGACGUCAUCGACUUGGACCCCUACGGCAGCCCGGCGGCCUUCCUGGAUGCCGCAGUACAGGCUGUGAGUGAAGGAGGGCUGCUGUGUGUGACCUGCACGGACAUGGCGGUGCUGGCGGGCAACAGUGGGGAGACCUGCUACAGCAAGUAUGGGGCCAUGGCCCUCAAGAGCCGGGCCUGCCACGAGAUGGCCCUGAGGAUCGUCCUGCACAGCCUGGACCUCCGGGCCAACUGCUACCAGCGCUACGUGGUACCCCUGCUCAGCAUAAGUGCCGACUUCUACAUACGCGUGUUCGUGCGUAUCUUCACCGGCCAGGCCAAGGUCAAAGCCUCGGCCAGCAAGCAGGCCCUGGUGUUCCAGUGCGUGGGCUGCGGGGCCUUCCACCUUCAGCGCCUCGGCAAAGCUACAGGAGCCGCUGGUGGCCGGGUCAAGUUCUCUGCAGCCUGCGGGCCCCCCGUGUCCCCCGAGUGUGAGCACUGUGGACAGAAAUACCAGCUCGGGGGCCCUCUCUGGGCAGAGCCCAUCCACGACUUGGAGUUCGUGAGUCGUGUCCUGGAAGCUGUGAGCGCCAACCCGGGCCGCUUCCACACUUCGGAGCGCAUCCAGGGCGUCCUGAGUGUGGUCAGCGAGGAGCUCCCGGACAUGCCUCUGUACUACACGCUGGACCAGCUGAGCAGCACGAUCCACUGUAGCACGCCCAGCCUCCUGCAGCUGCGGUCCGCCCUCCUCCACGCUGGCUUCCGGGUCUCCCUGUCCCACGCGUGUAAGAACGCUGUGAAGACGGACGCUCCAGCCACAGCCCUCUGGGACAUCAUGCGCUGCUGGGAGAAGGGGUGCCCUGUGAAAUGGGAGCGGUUGUCGGAGACCAGCCCUGCUUGGCGCAUCCUCAGCUUAGAACCCAAGCUUCAGGCUAACUUCACUGUCCGGGAAGACGCCAACCCCAGCUCCCGCCAGCGGGGACUCAAGCGCUUCCAGGCCAACCCAGAGGCCAACUGGGGUCCCCGGCCCCGCGCCCGGCCAGGGGGCAAGGCAGCAGGUGAAGCCAUGGAGGAGAAAAGACGGCUGUGCCAGAACAAGCGCAAGGAGCUAGCCGAGGACCCAGCGCAGCGCGCCGCCCGCCUCAAGACGUUCCCUUGCAAGAGGUUUAAGGAGGGCACCUGUUCACGCGGGGACCAGUGCUGCUACUCUCACAGCCCCCCAGAUUCUGGAGCUGCCGCUGAUGCCACCCCCCAGGACUAUCCAGAAACCCCCAACCAUGAUCCCCCUGGGGCUGGGGCAGCCAUGGGGCUGGGGGUCAGCUGAGCUGAUAAUAAAAGAGAUGUCACCACCUC